AUGGCGCCUCCGAACCCUUCCUAUCGCCCGCGCAAGAAGAGAAAGUCUGCCGCACUGUUUGCCGGCUCGAACAAUCCACUCACCAUGGACGCUGGGGAGGGUAGAUCUGCGCCUGCGUUUCCCUUAGUUUCCUUUCUCUGGGGAGCUCGGGCUGGUGUCUCCCAAUGGCUUGUCCUCCCUCUUGUUCUGAUGACAGUCGGCCUAUUUCGCUGGGCUGUAAGCCUGUGGGGUUAUUCAGGCUGCAAGACUCCUCCGAUGUACGGUGAUUUUGAAGCGCAGCGUCACUGGAUGGAAAUUACCACCAACCUGCCGCUGUCGAAAUGGUAUACGUAUGAUCUGCAGUACUGGGGACUCGAUUACCCGCCAUUGACGGCAUACCAUAGUUGGCUGUUAGGAAAAAUUGGCUCCUUUUUUGAUACCACAUGGUUCGCCCUGGAUGACUCCCGCGGCCUUGAGGAUCCUUUAUUGAAAGUCUUCAUGCGCGCGACAGUGAUAGUCUCCGAGUACCUCGUCUAUAUUCCGGCGAUUAUCACUUUCUUGCGGCGUUACACUCGGAUGCAAGCCGUACCCGUAUGGUCGUCUUCAAUCGCACUCGUUGCCAUUCUCCUACAGCCAGCAACUAUACUUAUUGAUCACGGCCACUUCCAAUACAAUACCGUGAUGCUGGGCUUAUUUGUUGCGUCCUUGGAUGCUAUAAUGGCAGGCCGCAUGCUCUGGGCGUGUACCUUCUUUGUUGGGGCUCUAGGGUUCAAACAGAUGGCUCUAUAUUAUGCACCGGUCAUGUUUGCAUUCCUCCUCGGGAUUUGCGUCUUUCCACGGAUUCGACUUGUCCGACUCCUCUGCAUAGCGCUGGUCACCAUUGCCGCUUUUGCUAUCCUCCUUCUACCGUUGUUACUGGGAGCUACCGCAACCGAAAAGCAGUCAACCCCGGAGCCACCUCUGCUUCAGAUUUUUCCCGUCAAGCUGGACCACGAGUCAUCAUUAUACCUGGUUCUCUUCCAACUAGCGCAGAUAAUCCACCGCGUUUUCCCGUUCUCGCGGGGUCUUUUCGAGGAUAAGGUGGCAAAUGCCUGGUGCGCCAUUCACACUUUCUACAAACUCCACCGUUACGAGCCCGAUCUGUUGAAGCGUGUGUCGCUUGGCGCUACACUGGCAUCGAUUUUGAUACCGUGCAUUAUCAUAUUUCGUCACCCGCGCGCUUCAAUUCUGCUCCCUGCCUUUGCUACCGUUGGCUGGGGCUUCUUCCUCUUCUCUUUCCAGGUUCAUGAAAAGAGCGUGUUGUUGCCAUUGCUUCCCAUGACAUUGCUUAUUGCUGGUGAUGGAGGUCUCAACAAAGAUACCCGGUCAUGGGUGGGUUGGGCAAAUGUCCUUGGGUCUUGGACUCUAUACCCACUCCUCAAGCGUGAUGGUUUGCGGGUGCCAUACUUUGUGGUCACGUACCUCUGGGCCUAUUUGUUAGGCCUUCCCCCAACCUCAUGGCUGAUCUAUCGCCACCAGAAGCCGUCCGGAGAGACCGAAGCACAUACCGAACCUCAUGGUCUUACCAAACUCAUACACUCUUUGUUUUACCUUGCUAUGAUAGGUUGGCAUGUGCUGGAGGCUUUCGUUCCUCCUCCGCCGGACAAGCCAGAUCUCUGGGUUGUUCUCAACGUUCUCAUCGGCGCCGGUGGCUUUGGGCUCGCGUAUCUUUGGUGCUUGUGGAAGUUGAUCAGCCAAUCCCGCCGGAUGGAUUUCAAAGUGGAGGACACUAGGAAAAAGAACCAGUGA